CCGCUGCCUCUGUCCGAGGUGCUGAAAGCGGCGCGCCCCAGACGCGGCCAGGAGGGCGACCCAUUGAGCGAUUUCGACACCAUGGGCGCAGCAGUCACCGCUCCCAGCCGCUGAACCUUCCAGCCAGCCUUUCUGUCGCUGGACCAGCCCGAUGAUUUAGCUCCGAAGCAGGAUCCGGCCGAGCUGGCUGGGAUGCUGAAGGAGACGGGCUGAGCCGUGGAUCUAAUGCGCCGCGCCCUUCCCCCGCCGGGAAUUGUUGGCCAACGGGCUCGCUGGACCCCGGACUGAACUUUGCCUUGUCUCAGCCCCACCCUCGCCCGCCGGGUCCGGACUGCCGGCCAUGUCAGCCUGAGAGGGGCCGAGAGGGUGCGACCGGCUGGGGCUGGGGCCCGAGCCUGGCCAUGGAAGGCUCCACCGCCUUUGGGAUCGACUCCAUCCUGUCCCACCGCGCCGGCAGCCCGGCCGCGCCCAAAGGAGACCCGCUGAUGGGGGAGUGCAGGUCCCCCCUGGAACUAAGCCCCGGCUCCGAAGUUAGCAGCGGGUGCCCGUCUCCCCACUCGCCGGGGAAGGAAUGUCUGGAGGCGGGGGCCCCCCGGCCAGGCGCGGCCGCGGGCUUGGAAUCUCACCUCCAGCCGGGGCAGGGCUCGGCGCCUUCCCAGUCCCGAACGGUGACCUCGGCUUUCCUAAUCAGGGACAUCCUCGCCGACUGCAAGCCCCUGGCUGCCUGCGCGCCGUACUCCAUUCUAGAGAAAAUGGACAAAAGUAGCAGCAACGCCUCGUCCGACUCGGAGUACAAAGAGAAAAUGGACAAAAGUAGCAGCAACGCCUCGUCCGACUCGGAGUACAAAGUGAAAGAAGAAGGGGACCGAGAAAUCUCCAGCUCGCGGGACAGCCCGCCGGUGAGGCUGAAGAAGCCACGGAAGGCCCGCACCGCUUUCACCGACCACCAGCUCGCCCAGCUGGAGCGGAGCUUCGAGCGGCAGAAAUACCUGAGCGUGCAGGACCGGAUGGAGCUGGCGGCUUCCCUCAACCUCACCGACACGCAGGUGAAAACCUGGUACCAGAACAGAAGGACCAAGUGGAAGAGGCAGACAGCGGUGGGACUGGAGCUCCUGGCAGAAGCUGGGAAUUAUUCGGCUCUCCAGCGAAUGUUUCCGUCUCCCUAUUUCUACCCGCAGAGCUUGGUUUCCAACCUGGACCCGGGCGCGGCCCUCUAUCUGUACCGGGGUCCCAGCGCCCCUCCCCCGGCUCUGCAGAGACCUUUAGUGCCCAGGAUCCUCAUUCACGGACUGCAGGGGGGCAGCGAGCCGCCCCCGCCUUUGCCCCCGCUGGCAGGCGUCCUUCCGCGAGCGGCGCAACCGCGGUGAAGCGCAAACUCCGCAGCCAAGGAAGCCAGGAUGCCCCAUCUGCUCCCCUGCCUACACCGCCCUGACCAUCCGAAACUGUACCCCGAGCCUAAGGAAGGGGGAGGGGGAGAGGCGGACUAGACCCUUGGCAUUUGGACACCCACUUAGCCACACCACAAAACCAUCAUUCACCCUAAGGAAGCAAGAGACACUUUGGAAAGGAAAAAACAAAACGAACUCAAAUCUUGCGCGCCCUCGCUGCAGUUACGCGCUUAAAUCCUGCGCGCCUUCGCUAUCAUUUUGCGCGCGCUCUCUCGGGUUAGUGGUCAGCGAUACCUAACCUGGAAAGGGGUGGGAGAUCGCCUUCCUGGAAAUGGAGAAAGGGAGCCUAACAAACAAAAAUACAAACUUAAUGGAAAGCAUCGCUGUUCAAAACUGGGAGGUGGGGGGCGGGGGGACGGACACAAAGGAUCUAUUAAGAAACAGCCCAAUAGACACGGUUUUGUGAUCGCCCACCCCACAGACACAGAAACUAUCUUUGCCUACUUCCGAAAAUCUUUCAAUAUUGGUAAAUAUUCUCCUCCAAAACAUUGAGGGACAAAUUUUACCCUCUCCGCAGUCUACAUUUCUCCCUUCCCCCUCCCGCACAACGAUUCUUCGGCAUUUAUUCUCUUGUUGCCCAUUCAGGCCUUUUUGCCCCUUUCCUCCGCUUUCUAGCCCUAAAGUUUGAACCCCCCCCCCAACACACACACAAAAGGAGAUUUCAGGACAGAGGAAACACCGUAAGAGCGAAUAAAGUCAGAAUUGCCACGUUGCAGAAUGAAAAAGUUUCUCCUCCAGUCGGAGUAAGAGAAAAACUGAAUUCAUCUGAUGGUAAAAGAUCUAUUUAAAAAAUGUGUUACACUUUAAAGGGUCCAUGGCAACAAAACGCUGUCCGAGUAUUCUCUGCGUGGGUUUUGUUUCCACUCCCAGAAUUUAUCGCGUUUCCACGCUAGGGCGGCUCGAAGAUUCGUUUCAUCAACAGGACUAGCUCCCUGCUAACUCCAGGCAGCCCCUUUUUACCCUGUGCUCGUCGCUUAACCAUCAAUGAGCCCAAUGUCUGGGACGGGAGGUGGCUUAUGCACGGACCGAGGAUCGUUCGCUAUACAUGGCUCUGGUUAUUAUUUUUAAUGAACAUAAAAGCGGCCCACCCGUGCGUCUGUCACAAGCACAUCCUGGAAAAUAGGGCUUCCCUCCUGCUCAGGACGCAGCUGAGUUUUGGCCUGAGCAAGGACUGGAGGAGGAAGCAAAGGUAAAUUGCAAAUUACUAGCUCCCCGAGCAUGGCUUCUCAUUUUUGCGCGUUGGUUCCAGGCUCUGUUCUGCGCUCUCUCUCUUGCUUUCUGGUCACUCCCCGCCCCUUGUAAGUAACACUUCUCAGUGUGCAGGAAUUGGGCAGCGGGGUGGGCAGGAUGGGCCGACACGAAACAUGCAACAUCGGUCCCUUAAUUUGAUCCAUAAUGAACCAUCCACAGGUCCCCGACCCGUGGGAUUGCAGCGGAGUCUUUUUAGGCUAAGCCAAGAGUUCUGAAAAAGUAUGUAACUAAAGGGGGGGGGGGGGAUUUGUAAAUACGCGUGUGCAAAAUGUAUAUGAAUUAUUUAUUUGUGAACCCCGAGGACGUAUUUGUGUAAGUGAUUCUUGUAAGUCUGUAUCCCGGAUUCUCCCGUCUGGACUUUGCAAGGGAAAGAAGCGAAGGAGAAUUCUGCUUUAAAGAGAGCAGAACAAACAACAAACAAAUCCCAACUGCUGGCUCUCUCGCUCUUUUUUAAAUGUGGAAAUAAACUUCUUUACA